AUGUUGCAUUUUCGUCAGCCUCAUCCCUCAGCGAAAUGCACCCCCAACUCCUCCGCGAAAGAGGAAGGUAAGACGACGACUGCAUCACGGACUGGGCCACACGGCCUGGUCCGUCGAUUUAAUCGUCGUCAGCUAUUCUAUGCCAGACCCCGCCGCCUGAUUAAAAGAUACUCGGCUCACAUCCACUCGCGAGCCCCGCACUACCGCCCUUGGUGUAGCCAAACGGCUGCACUUUGGGCGGUAAAGGUCCCCAGAAUCGCAGACGGGUUCUGGGGAUACUGUCGGAAGAAGCGUUCGAAACCGAACGCUUCACCGGCAAAGCUCAUUGGGUGGCCAAACGCCGCCCAUGAGAUCGAUGACCGGCUGGGGCCCAACGCCCUAGCCGGUCUUGUGCAAUCUAUGUGUCUGAAUAUGUCUCACGAGGAAACUGUCUAUGUUAUGUGCUCUAUGGCUGCAAUGAAUCGUCUGAAAUGCAAUACUAACCCUACCCGUCGCGCGACUGCGGUCGCACCCCUACCGUCCCCCGGAGAGACCCCGCGGGUAGGCGGGGUCUCGCUGGCAAGAGAGCUGGACGGUAAUGUAGGCGCCUCUCGAAAUCGAUCGAGGCGCCACUGUCGCAUCCGCGCGCCUUCCGGCCGGAUCGACAAAGCCCACCAUCCGGUGGGAGUUUCUUUUCUAGAAAGCCAGCAGACGCCUCACGGCGUCGCGCAGGCCCUACUACCCUGA